AAGAAAAUGUUAAAACUGUCUUGAUGAACCCAAAUAUUGCUUCAGUGCAGACCAAUGAAGUGGGCUUAAAACAAGCAGAUGUUGUCUACUUUCUCCCCAUCACACCUCAGUUUGUCACAGAGGUCAUCAAGGCAGAAAGGCCAGAUGGCUUAAUUCUAGGCAUGGGUGGCCAGACAGCUUUGAACUGCGGGGUGGAACUAUUCAAGAGAGGUGUGCUCAAGGAGUAUGGUGUGAAAGUUCUGGGGACUUCAGUCGAGUCCAUUAUGGCCACAGAAGAUAGACAACUGUUUUCAGACAAACUAAAUGAGAUAAAUGAAAAAAUUGCUCCAAGCUUUGCUGUGGAAUCGAUUGAGGAUGCUCUGAAGGCAGCAGACAAAAUUGGCUAUCCAGUGAUGAUUCGUUCUGCUUAUGCCCUUGGUGGGUUGGGCUCAGGCAUCUGUCCUAAUAAGGAGACCUUGGUGGACCUCAGUACAAAAGCCUUCGCUAUGACACCCCAGAUUCUGGUGGAGAGGUCAGUGACAGGUUGGAAAGAAAUUGAAUAUGAAGUAGUUCGAGAUGCCGAUGACAAUUGUGUCACAGUCUGUAACAUGGAAAAUGUUGACGCCAUGGGUGUUCACACAGGUGAUUCAGUCGUCGUGGCCCCUGCCCAGACACUCUCCAAUGCAGAGUUUCAGAUGCUGAGACAAACUUCAAUCAAUGUGGUUCGCCACUUGGGCAUUGUGGGUGAAUGCAACAUCCAAUUUGCCCUUCAUCCUACCUCAAUGGAAUACUGCAUUAUUGAAGUGAAUGCCAGACUGUCUCGAAGCUCUGCCCUAGCUUCAAAGGCCACUGGUUACCCAUUGGCAUUCAUUGCUGCAAAGAUUGCCCUGGGAAUCCCACUUCCAGAAAUCAAGAAUGUUGUUUCAGGGAAGACAUCAGCCUGCUUUGAGCCUAGCUUGGAUUACAUGGUUACCAAAAUUCCUCGUUGGGAUCUUGAUCGUUUUCAUGGAACAACCAGCCGAAUUGGCAGCUCUAUGAAAAGUGUCGGAGAGGUCAUGGCUAUUGGUCGCACCUUUGAAGAGAGUUUCCAGAAAGCUUUACGUAUGUGCCAUCCAUCUAUUGAUGGCUUCACUUCCCGACUUCCAAUGAACAAAGAAUGGGCAUCCAACCUAGAUAUCAGAAGAGAAUUAUCUGACCCAUCCAGCACCCGCAUCUAUGCCAUUGCCAAGGCUUUGGAAGAUAAUAUGAGCCUUGAUGAAAUUAUGAAGCUGUCAUCCAUUGACAAGUGGUUUUUGUAUAAGAUGCGUGACGUUAUAAACAUGGAGAAGACACUGAAAGGACUCAACAGUGAUUCCAUCACAGAAGAAACCCUGAAAAAGGCAAAAGAGAUUGGAUUCUCAGACAAGCAAAUUUCAAAAUGCCUUGGUAUAACUGAGGCUCAGACCAGGGAGCUGAGGUUAAAGAAGAACAUCCAUCCUUGGGUUAAGCAGAUUGAUACAUUGGCUGCAGAAUACCCAUCAGUAACAAACUACCUCUAUGUCACCUACAAUGGUCAGGAGCAUGAUAUCAAUUUUGAUGACCAUGGAAUGAUGGUGUUGGGCUGUGGUCCAUAUCAUAUUGGCAGCAGUGUGGAAUUUGAUUGGUGUGCUGUCUCCAGUAUCCGCACUCUGACUCAGCUUGGUAAAAAGACGGUGGUGGUGAAUUGCAACCCUGAGACCGUGAGCACUGAUUUUGAUGAGUGUGACAAACUGUACUUUGAAGAGUUGUCUUUGGAAAGAAUCUUAGACAUCUACCACCAGGAGGCAUGCAGUGGCUGCAUCAUAUCAGUUGGGGGUCAGAUUCCAAACAACCUGGCAGUCCCUCUGCACAAGAAUGGUGUCAAGAUCAUGGGCACAGGCCCUCUGCAGAUUGACAGGGCUGAGGAUCGCUCCAUCUUCUCAGCCAUCUUGGAUGAACUCAAAGUGGCUCAGGCACCAUGGAAAGCUGUUAACACUUUGAAUGAGGCAUUGGAGUUUGCGAAGUCUGUGGGCUACCCCUGCUUAUUGAGACCUUCCUAUGUAUUAAGUGGAUCUGCCAUGAAUGUGGUAUUCUCAGAGGAUGAAAUGAAAAAAUUUCUAGAGGAGGCCACUAGAGUCUCUCAGGAACAUCCAGUUGUGUUGACUAAAUUUGUCGAGGGUGCUCGGGAAGUUGAAAUGGAUGCCGUCGGCAAAGACGGAAGAGUUAUCUCUCACGCCAUCUCUGAGCAUGUGGAAGACGCUGGUGUCCACUCAGGAGAUGCUACUUUGAUGCUGCCCACACAGACCAUCAGCCAAGGAGCCAUUGAAAAGGUGAAGGAUGCUACCCGGAAGAUUGCAAAGGCUUUUGCCAUCUCUGGCCCAUUCAACGUCCAAUUUCUUGUCAGAGGAAAUGAAGUCUUGGUGAUUGAGUGUAAUCUGAGGGCUUCUAGAUCUUUCCCAUUUGUGUCCAAGACUCUUGGAGUAGACUUCAUUGAUGUGGCCACAAGGGUCAUGAUUGGAGAGAGUAUUGAUGAGAAACCUCUUCCAACCCUGGAGCACCCCAUUAUUCCUUCUGACUAUGUUGCAAUUAAGGCUCCGAUGUUUUCCUGGCCCCGGCUGAGGGACGCUGAUCCCAUCCUGCGAUGUGAGAUGACUUCCACUGGAGAGGUGGCUUGCUUUGGAGAAGGCAUUCACUCAGCUUUCCUAAAGGCAAUGCUUUCCACAGGAUUUAAGAUACCCCAGAAAGGCAUCCUUAUUGGAAUUCAACAAUCAUUUCGCCCAAGAUUCCUUGGUGUGGCUGAACAAUUGCACAAUGAAGGUUUCAAGCUCUUUGCCACAGAAGCCACGUCAGACUGGCUCAAUGCCAACAAUGUCCCUGCCACCCCAGUGGCAUGGCCAUCACAGGAAGGACAAAAUCCCAGCCUCUCUUCUAUCAGAAAAUUGAUUAGAGAUGGCAGUAUUGACAUGGUGAUCAACCUCCCCAAUAACAACACCAAGUUUGUUCAUGACAAUUAUGUGAUUCGGAGGAUAGCUGUUGACAGUGGAAUUGCUCUCCUCACUAAUUUCCAGGUGACCAAACUUUUUGCCGAAGCUGUGCAGAAAUCUCGCCAUGUGGACUCCAAGAGUCUUUUCCAUUACAGGCAGUACAGUGCUGGGAAAGGAGCAUAGAGAAAAAGAUACUUUCUCUUUGCUCUUAAAUCAAUCUAACCCAUAUUGUUUUUUUUGUUUUUUGUUUUUUUUUGUCGAAAGGAACUGCUUCCCAACUUUCUUUCCCUGAGAUGAAUAUUGACAUUAAACUUUAUUUCAGUUUACUUAGUGAUGCCACAAUAGUCUUUUCUUUCAUAAGUCUGUCACUUUUAAGAAAAAAAUAACUUAGAAUAAUUCCUAAGUGACUUUAUAUCGUGAGACAUCAUACAUUUACUAAUGCCUUACUAUUCGAGGAUUAAGCUUACCUAAGUGCUUAUUUGCAGCUAACAUUUUAUGGUGCUGAUUAUCAAUUACGAUCAAGGUAGAUGAAGUUGCUGCCCUGUCUUCUGAAUUCUGUCUAUAUAUUCUGGAAAGACACUAUUGCCUCUAUUUUUAAAAUAGUGUCUCCUAUACUCAGGACACCUUAACAAAGCAAAAUAUUGUUAAAAUGGUUUAAAUGAAGUGUGGAUUUGAUCUGUGAGCCCCCUCUGUCCUGUGAAUUGUAAUUUUUAUAUUAAUUUUCACUUAUCUGGUUCAUCCAGGAUUAUUAACACCCCCCCCCCCCAGUACUGAGUUUGAGAAGUGUGACGGAAGACUUUAAAAUCAGUAUUCCUUUAAAGGCCACUAGUUUGUAGUUUUGUGUUUUAGAGUAUGCAGCAGAUGAUAGAUACCUCUGAGGUAGUAUUCUUUUAUUCUUGGCUUUUUUUUUUUUUUAUUUUAACGUGAGCCAAGUGGAAUGAUGUUCUGAUGUCUGUCAUUUCUUUACCACCCCACCAACUUUAGAACAACUUUAAAGUUGUGCUCAUUCCCUCCGGUUUAUAGAUUCAGUUGAUCUCCCAAGUCCCUACUGUGCUAUGAACUGCACACAUUUUAAGCACAAGCUUCCCACUCCUUCCUACUUACAAGAAAAAUCCUUCCUGCAGGGCAGCUUUUGUUGCUUUAUGACUUUCUGUGUUAUCACUGCAAGUUAUUUGAUUGUGUACUUUGAAAUAAAAUAUUAUUAA